AUGACGUCCGUCGGCGAAUGGCCGUAUAUAGGAGGCUUCACCGACACGUCGCUGGCGUUUUACAUUGCCGCCAUCUUCAACGCCGGCUCGACGCUGGGACGCAUCCUGCCCAACGCGCUCUCGGACCGCAUCGGAGUGUUCAACGCCAUGGCGCCGCUCACAUUGCCUUUGGCGUCGUCAUAUUCUGCCUGCUCGCCCGGUGUUGUCAUUGCGUUGCCCCCACUCUGCUUCCGGGUGCUGACCGAGAACAAGGCCAUGAUUGGCACCCGCACCGGCCAGGGCUUUGCCAUCGGCGGGCUGGGCUUGCUGCUCGCUGGGCCGAGUGCUGGUGCAAUUCUCGGGACCGUCGAGCCGCGGAACUGGACGGGCCUCUGGGUGUAUGGAGGCGUGACGCUGUGUGCCGUCGGCCUAAUCCUGUUUGGUCUGCGGUUUAUGAAAUCAGGGCUCGCCUUGAUGGUCAAGUGUUGA